AGGAGGCACUGAUAUCCCCAAAGACAGGUGUAUUCACACCUGCCCUUACUUGGAUACAGCAUACGAUAGUGCUGUGACCUAUUUUUUUCUUUGCUUCACAUUCGCCUCUACCGUUUGUAAUAUCAGCCUCAGAGUGAAAAUGAACCUGUUCACACUUUGGCCUAUAGUACGAGAUACUGCUUACGCUUGGAUUGAAUUAAAGACCCGAACGUUUACCCGGCGUACUUGUCGCGGCACAUGGGAGGACACCUCAGCUUGUCAUGUGAUCAGACUUCUAAAUAUAGUAACACACUUUAUAUGGGCGUACCAUUGGGUGGUGGUCGCUGCGUUUUAUUUUUGGUGUGGGAAUCACCUUUCAUGGAAAAGUCAGUGAUUCAGUUUUCGAGUGAACAAUGUUGGGAAAUCAUUUAAAUACGAGAGCUUCCACCGAGUUCUCCACAACUGCUACCACUGCCUCAACUUGAGGGACAACUCUUCAGAGCAAGAGGAACCACAAUAAACAGUCGCCGAAUCGCCCUUUUAUUCCUGCUAUUUCGACCAACGAUUUCUUGGCCUGCCUUUAAAGUCUUUCUAUUGUUACGAGAAAAAAUCACCAUGACCAACACGAACUACGUCCAUUCCGACAACACUGAACCCAUUGUCAUCGACAACGGGUCAGGCAUGUGCAAGGCCGGUUUUGCCGGUGACGACGCUCCCAGGUGUGUGUUUCCCGCUAUCACAGGUCGCCCCAAGUACCAAACUGUCAUGGCUGGGAUGGGCAGCAAAGAUUGCUAUGUCGGCGAUGAAGCUCAGGCUAGGCGGGGAAUGCUGUGUAUGCAUUACCCCGUAGAGCAUGGAAUUGUCACUAACUGGGAUGAUAUGGAAAGGAUUUGGCAUCAUACUUUUUACAACGAGCUGCGUGUGGCGCCCGAAGAAAAUCCUGUACUCCUGACAGAAGCUCCUCUCAACCCGAAAGCCAACAGAGAGAUGAUGACUCAAAUUAUGUUUGAGACCUUCAACGCCCCUGCUUUUUACGUUGGCGUCCAGGCUGUACUUUCUCUGUACGCUUCUGGUCGAACCACUGGUGUGGUGAUGGAUUCAGGAGACGGCGUCACCCAUUUCGUGCCGAUCUACGAGGGUUAUGCUCUUCCGCACGCCAUAAAAAGAGUUGAUCUGGCUGGUAGAGAUCUCACUCACUACCUACGCAAAAUCCUCAACGAGAGAGGCUAUAGUUUUACCACCACGUCUGAGAUGGAGAUUGUAAGAGAUAUGAAAGAGAAGCUCUGCUACGUCGCUAUGGAUUUCGACCAGGAAAUGAGCGCUGCUGCAAAAUCAUCAAGCGUGGAGAAGUCAUACGAGCUGCCUGAUGGCACAGUUGUUACUAUUGGAAACGAGCGUUUCCGCUGCCCUGAAGUCCUGUUCCAGCCGUCAUACACAGGUCGUGAAUCCGCAGGUGUUCAUGAGCUUUUGUACAACUCCGUUAUGUCUUGUGAUAUCGACAUUCGCAGAGAACUGCUCCACUCAACAAUCCUCUCAGGUGGCACCACCAUGUACCCAGGCCUGGCUGAUAGGAUGCAAAAAGAGUUAGAAGACUUGGUGCCCCCAUCCAACAAGGUAAAGGUCAUUGCCCCGCCCGAGCGGAAGUACUCAGUGUGGAUCGGCGGAUCCAUCAUGGCGUCCCUAUCUACUUUCCAACAGAUGUGGAUCUCCAGGCAAGAGUACGAUGAAUGCGGUCCCUCUAUCGUCCAUCGCAAGUGUUUCUGAGUAGUGUGAGAUCACGACAUUUUCAUCACAAAACUGACUGGUAUGGAAACUAGCCUAUAUUUAAUGUGUCCUAUAUCUGACACGAUUGAUCAACGAGUACAAAAAUGUAUUCCGUGUUCUAUCUGAGAGUUUGAAGAAAGAUGGAAAGGACUUUAGGGCGUGUCUAGUUUUCUUUAAGUGAGUGAGUGUGCAGUUGUGUAUAGUUCAGCGUGGUCCAUGUAGUUAAGCGUGUGAUCUUGUUCAUCCAACAUAUUUAUGAUAUUCGUAUAUUUUCUGUGCUACAAUUUUGCAAAGGUGCUGGCACCUUACAUUUCAUUGUAAAUAGAGGGCUUAUUGAAGGAGAGUAAGCGAAUGAUGGAUAGAGGGGGAGAGAAAAAAGAGAGGGGGAGAGAGAGAGAGAAAGACAGGGAGAAA